AUGCUUAAUUUUAAGGCUUGGCUAUGUCCAAAAGAUAAAACACCUGAGGAAAGAUGCUAAUACUGUGGCUAUUACCUGCAGUUCCUUAUGCAACUUUAUGCUAAUUCCAACGAUACCUCUGUCUCAGACUAUCAUAGAACUCUUUAUGUGUUCACCUGUCUAUCACCACAGUGCAUUGGUACUCAAAGAUCAGUGUUGAUUAAAAGAUCAAUGAUAAAGCAUGAUAAUCCACAUGUUUAAUUUGCUGAUGAUGAACUCUUUGAGGAAGUUUAGAACUCCUAUGAGCAAUAGCUUAUUGAAAGAGGCUUGAUAAAUCUUGACGAGGAGGAAGAAGAGGAGCAAAAGGAGGUACCUGAUAAAGAUAAGAAAUUAGAAUUUAAGGAGUACAUGAUUAUAAAUGAACCAGAAGACCCAGAAGCAACUCAAUUUUAUCUGAAAGAGUCUCAAAGAAUAAAGAAUAAGCAGCCAAAAGCUAAAUAGGAAGAUGAUGGGGACGAGAGUGACGAAGAUCAACUAGAAGAUGAAUUCUUGAAAAACCAAGCAAACGCUAAUAAGGAUUAAAGAUAGAUUGAUAAACUAGUCAAGAAGACUCUCAAAGCUGAGGAGGAAGAUGACGAGAAUGAUUAUAAGCAUGAAGGAGAAGAGAAGGAUAAGAUAGAUGAUAUUGAGAUGAAGGAAUUUGAGAAACUUAUCAAGAAUAAUCACAGUAACUACCUGUAGAUUCCUGAUCAUUACAAACUAUGUGAGAUUGUUUGCAAAGCUGAUCCAGAGCAAGUUAUUAGGUAUGUGAACAAUAGAGAUAGUGGUGUUCCUGAACCUUUAUGGAUGUCCGAUAAAAACAUUAUUGAUCAGUCGAAGGUAAACCCAUGUGAGAAAUGUGGCAAGCCAAGAUCUUUUGAAUUCCAAAUCAUGCCUUAAUUGUUCAAUUUCAUUGGGGAACUCGUUCUUGUUGACUGGAACACAAUUGUAUUCUACUCUUGCAGUAAUAAUGCUUGCUUCCCAGACUUUGAGUCAGGAGAGUGGUUUACUAAAGAGUUCAGUUAUAUUCAAUUCUCAGAUGAUUUUGAUAAAGUUUAAUAUGGUGAUGAUAAAUAAAUUGAAAAGCAAAGACAGAUGAAAAAGUAGUAGGAAUAGGCUGAAUAGAAGAGUUCAGGCAAAGAGCAAGUUACCGCAAAAGAAGAAUAAACUGAAGAAUAAAAGUCCAAGAGUAAAAAGAAGAAGAACAAGAAAAACAAAGAAGAGUCCAAGGGUGGUGAUUAGGCUACCAGAGAGGAAGUGAACAAAGAGGUAUAGAAUCAAUUGCAAGACUUAAUGAAUGAUAUGAGUUUUAAAUGA